CUCCAAACCCUCCAAGCCUCCCGAGUUGCACCCUUAUGAAAAACAUUCGAAUUAGAUAACCGAAAAUUUUACUAAUAAUAAGGCCGGGACUCUGUAGCACCCAAUGACCUUAGCCUAUAUAAACAAACAAAGCUCUGACCCAAAUCCUUCAUCGCCACAAACAGCUCUCUGCGACCCCCCCUAACGCCAAUCUCUCUUUCUCUCUGGAAUCUCUUCUUUCUCUCCCUAAAACAAUGGCCGAAUCGGAUAGCCGUAACGUAGUUUUCUCGGGAAAGAAGCGAGGUGGAUCAGAUGACGAUAACAUGAUGAUGAUGAUGGCGGCCAAGAAAGGAUUGGUGGUAACGCUGCCACCACCGUCGUCGUCGGAAGAUCCUGCGGCAGCGCUGGCCAAUGCUCGCCACGAGUUUGGCGAGCACGGCGGCGUCAACAUGUCUAUCGAGGCCUCAGCCACAUUCACCGUCAUGGAGCCAGAGACCAUGCGGCGGAUGUUCGCCGGAGAAUUAGGCCCCGAUCGGGACUUCUUCAUAUACAGUCGCCAUUUUAAUCCUACGGUGCUCAAUCUGGGGCGGCAGAUGGCGGCGAUGGAGGGCACAGAGGCGGCGUACUGCACCUCCAGCGGCAUGUCCGCCAUAUCGUCGGUGCUUUUACAGCUCUGCAGCAGCGGCGACAACAUUGUGGCGUCGAGGUCGCUCUACGGAGGAACGCACGCGCUACUCACGCAUUUUUUCCCACGCGCGUGCAACAUAACGACGACGUUUGUGGACCUGAGGGAUAUGGAGAUGGUGAAGGAGGCCAUCGUGGAAGGGAGGACCAAGGUGUUGUAUUUCGAGGCCAUGUCGAACCCGACCCUGGCGGUGGCUAACGUGCCGGAGCUGUGCAGGAUAGCGCACGAUAAGGGGGUCAUGGUGGUGGUGGACAACACCUUCGCUCCUAUGGUUCUUUCUCCGGCCCGCCUUGGUGCUGACGUCGUCCUUCACAGCAUAUCCAAGUUUAUCAGUGGUGGGGCCGACAUUAUUGCAGGUGCUGUUUGUGGGCCAGCAAGCCUGGUGAACUCCAUGAUGGACCUCCAUCAAGGGGCUUUGAUGCUGCUAGGCCCAACUAUGAAUGCCAAGGUUGCUUUUGAAUUAACUGAGAGAAUCCCUCACUUGGGCCUGAGAAUGAAAGAGCAUUGCCACCGGGCCAUGGUUUAUGCAACAAGGAUGAAGAAAAUGGGGCUCAAAGUGAUCUACCCGGGCUUGGAGGAGCACCCGGACCACGCUCUCCUCAAGUCCAUUGCAAACAAAGAGUAUGGGUUUGGUGGGCUUUUGUGUGUGGACAUGGAGACGGAGGAACGGGCCAACAGGUUGAUGAACAACUUGCAGAACGUGACCCAAUUUGGGUUCAUGGCGGUGAGUUUGGGGUAUCAUGAGACACUCAUGUCUUGCUCAGGUAGUAGCACUAGCAGUGAAAUGAAUGCAGAGGAGCAGGCACUAGCUGGGAUAUCGGCCGGUCUGAUUAGGAUGUCAAUAGGGUAUAGUGGGACUCUGGAGCAGAGAUGGACCCAGUUUGAGAAGGCACUCUCCAGAAUGCAGGAUCCAAGCUUGUUCCCAAAGAAUUGAAGGUUGUCUUUUUUAUUACUCUUUAAUAAUUUGUGGUGAGAUGGUUUGUUAUACUUUUAAGACUUUUUUAUUUUUAUUAUAUAUAUUUUUUUCUUAUUUUCAUUUAAAAGAAUGCUAAGCUAGCUGUUGUGCUUGGGAUUGUUGGAUAAGAAGGAUUUGAUGUUUGAACCACCUUUCAAUAAACAACUUCUUCGUGUGGGCUUAGAAA